UAAGUACCUGCUGACGACUCCCCAGCUCAAAGCUGUACUGGCCGUUCUCCGGUUCGUGUCGUGUCUGCUGUCUCAAAUCUUAUCGCAUCGUCAGGAUGUCUGGUCGUGGCAAAGGUGGCAAGAUAAAGGGCAAGGCGAAGAGUCGCUCUAACCGUGCUGGGUUACAGUUUCCCGUGGGCCGUAUCCAUCGACUACUGAGAAAGGGAAACUACGCCGAACGCGUAGGUGCCGGUGCUCCGGUUUAUCUGGCCGCUGUGAUGGAGUAUCUUGCCGCCGAAGUGUUGGAGUUGGCUGGUAACGCGGCUCGUGACAACAAAAAGACGAGAAUUAUACCGAGGCACCUGCAACUCGCCAUCCGCAAUGACGAAGAAUUGAACAAGCUGCUAUCGGGUGUUACCAUCGCUCAAGGUGGCGUGUUGCCCAACAUUCAGGCAGUACUAUUGCCGAAGAAAACAGAGAAGAAAGCAUAAACUGAUUAUGACUGAGAGACAACAAUCUUUGGUUUGCAACAAUCGACAUAACAAUGGCCCUUUUCAGGGCCCCAAA